AAUGCAUUCAACAAUGCAGCACAAAGUUACAUGGGAGAGAAGGCGAGACCAGAUGAAGCACCAUCUCCAGCACUCUCACUCCUGUCUGUAAAGAGUGAUCAGUCAAUGGAUCAGCCAAUUGCUUUCAGCAAUAAAACACCUAAUUACAUUGGUCCAAGACCAGCUGAGGCACCGUCUCCUGCAACUUCAUACUUCUCUUUAAAAAGCAACCAAUCAAUGGAUCAACCGAUUGCAUUCAAAGACAGAAGUCAGCCUUACAGCGUUAAACGUCUGAGAAAAGAUGAGGCACCAUCUCCAUCACCCUCACUCCUGUCUGUAAAGAGUGAACAGUCAAUGGAUAGACCCAUUGUGUUCUACAGUGGAGUGCAAAGUUACAUGGAGAAUCUGAGACUAGAUGAAGCACCAUCUCCAGCACUCUCACACCUUUCUAUGAAAAGUGAUCAGUCAAUGGAUCAGCCAAUUGUGUUCAGUAAUGGACCCCCUAGUUACAUUAGUCCAAGACCAGCUGAGGCACCAUCUCCUGCAACUUCCUACUUCUCUUUAAAAAGCAACCAAUCAAUGGAUCAACCGAUUGCUUUCAAAGACAGAAGUCAGCCUUACAGCGUUAAACGUCUGAGAAAAGAUGAGGCACCAUCUCCAUCACCCUCACUCCUGUCUGUUAAGAGUGAUCAGUCAAUGGAUAGACGGAUUGUGUUCAACAGUGGAGCGCAAAUUUGCAUGGGAGAGAAUUUAAAGCCAGAUGAAGCUACAUCUCCAGCACCUUCCCUCACAUCUCUUAAAACUGAGCAUUCAGUGGACCGACCGAUUGGAUUCAGACAGGAAGCACAGAAUUACAGGGACAGAAGCACACUUUCAGCCACUCUGCUGACAGAAGACCACUACAGAUGCUCAGUGUGCACAGAGAUCUUUAAGGAUCCAGUUUCCAUUCCCUGUGGACACAGUUACUGCAAACACUGCAUUGAGAUCUACUGGAGCAAACCAACUCAAGCUGGAGGUUACGCUUGUCCGCAGUGCAGAAAGAGGUUCAGAGAUCGUCCUGUGUUAAGUGUAAAUGUUGUUUUGUCUAAACUGAUCGAGGAACUCCAGAAGGCAGGAUUUAGUCCUGCUCUUCCUGCUCACUGUUACGCUGGACCUGAAGAUGUUCCCUGUGAUAUCUGUGCUGAGAUGAAGCUCAAAGCUGUUAAAUCCUGUUUGACCUGCACUGCAUCUUACUGUGAGACCCACGUCAGACAACAUUACACAGUACCAGCACUGCAGAGACACAACCUGGUGGAGGCUAUUAUGUCAAUACCUGACAGUAAGGACAUCAAGGAGAUCAAAGAGCUUCAAGAUGGAGUCAUUGAAGAGAUUUCAAUGGAUGAAAAAGCUGAAAAUUUUCAUCCAACUAAGUGCUUCUACAGUGGGUUUUCCUGUAAUGAUUUGCCUAUGGAUGUAACUGAGAUUGUGGCGCUUGGACGUCCUUUGGAUCUUGGAAUGUUGUAUGACUGUCGCAAUGAUUUAUUUACUUCAGAUGGCAAUCUUUGGGAUAAACACACUGUAACAAGAAACAGAAUAUCUUGGCCCCAACUGAAAACACAUGUAAAGGUUUUGGAAGAUGACUCCCUUCAGGAGAGAUGCAAAGCAUUUGAAAUGUCACCUAUGUUACGAGUAAGUGCUCUGUGUGGUCUUAUGGAGCUACAUGGAGCUGCAGCUUUUCUGAAUCACCCAGUUCAGUCUCAAUAUCAGGAAAGAUUUACUCUACACUAUAAAACCACCACCAGACUGGACAUGAUCAGCCAAAGACUGUUACAGGAAGGAGCUCCUACCUCAGCCAUUAAUGCAACCACAGCUACACAUGUGAUCAUCGCCGUGUUCUAUGGAGCUCAAGCUUUCUUUGUUUUUGAUAAAGAGAGAAUCAGCACAGAGAGAAAUACAGAAAUGGAAAAUGUUAUCAAGAAGCUUACCACCACACUCAGAGCAAGAGAUGUGUUCACAAGUCUUAAUGAAACUGAAAAGGCAAACAGCAUUUUAUAUGACUGCAGUCUGUACAUUGAUGUGGGAGAUUGGAAGAGUCCAGUGACUUUUGAUAAGGCGAUGGAGAUCUACGGUUCCCUGCCAACACUGCUUGGAUCCAAAGGAGAGAGAGCAGUUCCUCUGAAGGUCUGGCUGUACCCUCUGAAGAAACUGGACAAGAGCUCUGUGAGUGCUGCUCUGAGUGGAGUCAGUGAAAAUGUGAUGCAUCAAGCUGAAAACAUUCUGGAACAUCUGAAAAAACACAUCAGGAUCUGUCAGGACAUGAUAACAGACUAUUAUAAUCUGACUGUGAUUACUAGGUUUCCUGCUUUGGAGGAAAAACUUCAGAACUUUUCAGAAUUUCUACAAGAGUACAUGACAGAGUUUCAGAGAAAAGCUGCUGAGAUUAUUGAAUCCAUAAAUGUCAAGGAAGGUGACAGACAGAAGAGUUUUCAAGAUCUUAUCAGUUAUUGUAAUCAGUCUCCAUUCAAUCCAGAUCACACACAUCAAUGGCUUGAGAAGAAAAAAAACGAUCUGUUGGUUUUAAAUGAGUGCAGAGCAGUGAACAUGACUAUUGUGAAAUCACAGGAGGAGCUUCAGCGUGUCAUUAAUGAUCCUCAAAUGAACCAUGUAUUCUGCUUCACUAUUUCAUCAAUGGAGGCUGAAGAUUAUUUUCUCAAAGAUCUGAAGCAGCACAUUAAAUUAAUGAAAAAGUGCACAUUGACCACAUAUGAUAGUAUAAAGCUAGAGAUUCACUGCAGUCAAUAAAGCCUGUUUGU